GUUCAUGUGUGUGUGCGUGUACAUACCACAGACCAUGUCCAUAGACUGACUGAUAAGACAGACUCACACGACUCGUGUGUGUAUGUGCGUGCGAUGUGAUCUGAAUCGAUCAUACGCAACCAAGGCGUGGUUCAUGUUGGCCGCGCGCGAAGCCGAUUCCCGUUUUUUGGAGUAGGCCAUGAUGUCUGCUGUGCCCCUGGUCAAUCAAUCAGGGGCACCCCAUAUCGCCAGACGUCGAGCAGUACUUCGAGCAGUACUUCGAGAAACGCGUUAAUCGACUUCGAGGGGUACUAGUGUCUCUUCCCUUCAGCAAGGAUAGCUAAUCACAUCCACCCUUGUUCGAUUCUGUCCACAUAAAGGCCAGCCAUCCACCCGCCGCCCACUUUGCAUCAGAUACACAGCCGAUAGGUGACAUAUCUGCCGGCCGUCUCGCUAGGCCGAAUGAUCUUGACCACCUGCCCCCUCUCCAGCCCGUAGUACUUGGCCACGGGGUCGUCGCGUGUGAUGCGCGGCAGCUGGUCGGCCCUGACCUUGUACCUCUCGAGCAGCGCCUUCUUGUCGACCUCGCUCAGCGGCACGUGGCGGGGCACCAGCUCGUGCUCGGUGAUGUUGACGAGCAGCUCAGACUCCAUGAACACCUCGAUCCGCUGCUUGGACGACGACAUGCUCAAGGCCUACAAGAGGGAGCAAUGCACUGGCAAUCAUUGCCGCUCGGUGGCCAGGGGGUUUGACCUCUGUGUGUGUGUGUGUGUGUGUGUACCUCUUUUGCGAAAGAUGUGAGUUUUUCUCUGCACACGAGGAUGGCGCGGGGGAUGUUCUUCUCCUCCAUCUUAGACACCAAACUGACACAUACACACACGGACAGACGCCACCCACACCACACCAUGCAGUGACCGUCACUUCUGUGUGCUGCGUACUCUCCCUCCUUCCCUGCCAGGCUCCCUCCCUCACUUAGCGAUGGGUCUGACGCCGACUUUCUUGCCCUGUUCGUCAGGGAAGUAGACCACCAGCGUCUCUGUCGGGUCAGACCGGUGACGAACAAAUAUCACCAGACUCUCACGACUGACACACAACCACAUUGGAUUGGUGUGCGUGCAUGUGUCGGCAUGCGUGUGUGCGUUGCCUUCUCCCGCCCUGUCACUCACUUUCUGACUUCAGAUAGUGCUUGCGAGACGUCUUCCCUCGACUCGAGCAGGCAGUUCCUCCCCACCAUGUAGUCCCUGACCAACACGCACGCACACACACGACGGGCCUUGCUGACCUGACUGGUGUCGCUUUCAGUCAAAUUCUUCGGUGACUGACUGACUGACCUGUCCUGCAGCAUCUGGAAGAUCGUCCGCCGGCAGCGCCACAAUCGGGUCACCUGAAUAGGUGAACGAAUGCAUACGACAGCACAGCGACACACACGGUCCGGUCCAUCAUGUGAUACUCUCAGCAAUUUGCUGUGCUCAGCUCAGCUCACGUCGUCGUCUGUCAUGGUUUGUCAAUCCACCGGCCAGUAGGCAAGAGCCCUUCUUGCUGUUGCUGUUGCUGCUGCUGUUGGUAGUGGAGCGAGUCAGCUGUUGUUCCGGGAGGAGGCUCAGAUGGCCUGUCGCUAUCGGAUUCCUUCUUAUCGCGGAUGUAGCGGAAGUAGAUG